AUGUUGGUUCUAAGUAUCAUAGUCUUCUCUCACUUUCUCUUCAAUAAUUUUUUCAAGCUCUUUCUCUUAGAGACUUUCUUCAGUGAAGACAGAGCUACACUAUCAUCCUCAUCUUCACCUCCUUCUUCUUCGUCAUCAAUUGCUUCGCCUUCCUUGACUUGCUUUGAACUUUCCAGUGAUGAUUCCGGUUCUUUCUCUGACGAGGCCUUUGCCACUUUCUCAUGUUCACUGGAUGAUUUUGGCACCGCUACGGAUGCCUUUUCAUUGUCCUUCUUCUCAGAUGUUGUAUCUGGUUUAUCAUCUGAAUCUGGAGAGAAAUGCUUAUUAUUGUCAAUUAUAGCCAAUGUGGGUUUUCCGUUGUCCCCGAUGGUUUCAAUAAUCUUGUCUCCUUCAUUCAUGUUGUUUGUCAAUUCUCUCCUUGUUUCCUUCUGCUCCGGGGUGUCAGCUAUUUUUGCUCUGUUUUUCAAAGAGGAAUUCUCUUUAGAAGCUUUCUGA